CAGAUAUAGUGAAUGCAGGGUCCGGGGAGACCGGAUAUAUUGAAUGCAGGGUCCAGGGAGACCAGAUAUAGUGAAUGCAGGGGUCCGGGGAGACCGGAUAUAGUGAAUGCAGGGUCUGGGGAGACCAGAUAUAGCGAAUGCAGGGUCCGGGGAGACCGGAUAUAGUGAAUGCAGGGUCUGGGGAGACCAGAUAUAGUGAAUGCAGGGUCUGGGGAGACCGGAUAUAGUGAAUGCAGGGUCUGGGGAGACCAGAUAUAGUGAAUGCAGGGUCCGGGGAGACCGGAUAUAGUGAAUGCAGGGUCCGGGGAGACCAGAUAUAGUGAAUGCAGGGUCCGGGGAGA